CAGCAUGCUUGCGGACUUGCCAGGAGCACCAUAUAUCAUCCACAGAGGGUUAUGUUCCUGGUGUGUGAAUGCUUGCUGCAUGCAUCAAGGGCCAUUUUACAGAGGCUGUUACUCGGUUCAACUCAUACGCAACGUCAUAGAAACCCGUCGGAGUUGACUGCCUUGUCAGUGGAGCAUGCCCUGUGAGCCCACCAACCUCCCGUCACAGCACGUGAAAGUAUUACGUACAGUGUAUCAAUCGUUCAUACAUUCGUUGAUUCCCACUUUCCUUCUUCGGAUCAAGCGCUUCCGCUCUUUAACCCUAAUCCUGAUAAUUUAUUGUGGAAAUCCAUCUGAGGAUUUCUUCCACAAGGUAUUCCCUUCGAUCCACUCCUGGUUUCGCGGAUCCUGCACCCCCGCAACCCCCCCCCCCCCCCCCCCCCCCAUCCGAUCUCUUUCGCUUCUCGGCCUCGCCGUUCCUUCUCGAUUCCGCUACAGAAGAUUGGAGAGGACAAAUGCCAGAAGAGGAUUUGGUCGAGCUCAAGUUCCGGCUGUGUGAUGGAUCCGACAUCGGUCCGAUACGCUACUCUUCUUCCUCCACCGUUGCCAUGCUCAAGGAAAGGAUUAUCUCGGAAUGGCCGCGAGAUAAGAAGAUUAUUCCUAGGGUCACUAAUGAUGUCAAAUUGAUAAGUGGGGGCAAAAUAUUAGAGAACAACAAAACAAUUGCCCAGUGUAGAUCACCAUUUGGUGAGCUUCCUGCAGGGGUUAUCACCAUGCAUGUUGUUGUGCAACCGUCAUUGACUAAAAUUAAAACUGAAAAGAAGGUCGACGAGUUUCCGAAAAAGACAACCUGUUCUUGCUCUAUAUUGUAGAGCAAGGAGAGAACUUCAGUGCUUGUGGCCAGCAGCAACGAAGUCAUCUGCUGUUGGGCUUUAUCGGCGGUGAGCAGAGAUCAGAGGUGGACGUGCCUGUCUUCUGGGAAAGAACUGUCAUAUCUGUUUGGUGUAAGCUGUUGAAGAAUCGGGUUUGCUGUAUGGUUGUGCCAUUUGUGUUGAGGGAGAGAGUGGCUCAAGGUCUAUGUAAGGAGUAGAUUGUACCUGUAGAUCUCAUCACAGAAUUAGAGUUUUGGAUAAAACAUAUUUGUAUAUUGAUUGCAUUGGCUGCUAAUUAUUUAGAUAAUACCAAUGGUUCCCAUGUUAUACUCCA